AGGUUUUGCAAACCAGCUGCUCUGAAGAAGCUGAUACCCUACAUGAUGCAGUUGGUUCUCGUUUUCUUGAUAUACUUAUCUGCAAGAUCAUCACUGGCUGACCCCAAUGAAGAUGAAGCAAAAAAUAACAUCACCAUCUUCACAAGAAUUUUAGACAGACUUCUGGAUGGUUAUGAUAAUCGUCUAAGACCUGGAUUGGGAGACAGUACAACUGAAGUUUUUACAAACAUCUACGUGACCAGUUUUGGACCAGUUUCAGAUACGGACAUGGAGUACACAAUAGAUGUUUUCUUCCGCCAAAAAUGGAAAGACGAAAGGCUAAAAUUCAAGGGUCCCAUGAACAUUCUCCGACUGAAUAAUUUAAUGGCCAGCAAAAUCUGGACUCCAGAUACAUUCUUUCACAAUGGAAAGAAGUCAGUAGCUCAUAAUAUGACCAUGCCGAACAAGCUACUACGAAUCCAGGAUGAUGGUACUCUUUUAUAUACUAUGAGGCUUACAGUCCAGGCUGAAUGUCCAAUGCACUUAGAAGACUUCCCUAUGGAUGCUCAUUCAUGCCCACUGAAAUUUGGCAGCUACGCAUAUACAACAGCAGAAGUAACCUACAAAUGGACAUUCAAUGCAUCAAAUUCAGUAGAAGUAGCUCCAGAUGGCUCCAGGUUGAAUCAGUACGAUCUCUUAGGCCAGACAAUUGGACAGGAAACUGCCAAAUCCAGUACAGGGGAAUACACAGUGAUGACAGCUCAUUUUCAUUUGAAGAGGAAAAUUGGUUAUUUUGUGAUUCAGACCUAUCUUCCCUGCAUCAUGACAGUCAUUCUGUCUCAGGUUUCCUUCUGGUUGAACAGAGAAUCUGUUCCUGCAAGGACAGUUUUUGGAGUAACAACAGUGCUAACAAUGACAACGUUAAGCAUCAGUGCUCGUAAUUCUCUGCCCAAAGUAGCUUACGCCACCGCGAUGGAUUGGUUUAUUGCGGUUUGUUAUGCCUUUGUAUUCUCUGCCUUGAUAGAAUUUGCCACUGUAAAUUACUUCACAAAAAGAGGAUGGGCGUGGGAUGGAAAAAGCGUAGUCAACGAUAAGAAAAAAGAAAAGGCAUCUGUCAUUAAGAAAAACAAUGCCUACGCAGUGGCAGUUGCCAAUUAUGGACCAAAUAUCACCAAGGACUCAGUUCUCCCAACCAUCUCGAAGAGUGCUACUACCACUUCAGAACCCCACAAAGCCAAGCCAGAAGCCAAGCCACAAGAAGCAAAGAAAACGUUUAACAGUGUUAGCAAAAUUGACAGAAUGUCCAGAAUAGUGUUUCCAGUCUUAUUUGGCACAUUCAACUUGGUGUACUGGGCCACGUAUCUAAACAGGGAACCUGUCUUGCACGGGUUUGCUCCAUCACACUAAAACCUUAACUUUAUGCUGAGGGUAUGUAACAUCAUUAUGAUCAAGUUGUUUUCCUAUGUACAGUACAACUAAUAACUGCUAAUCAGUGAACUAAUAUGUACAGGAUGUAUAUAGGCGUCAUGUUUGUUUAUCUCCAAAGGAGGUGCACAGAGUUUAGUCAUGGGAUCUGUAAGCAGAUGGCCCCCAUGGCAAAUAUAUUCUGCUCUCCUAUCUAUGUGAGUUCUCCUAAAUUUGGAUUUGACUAUGCUGAAUUAUAUCCAUACAAACCAUAUAUGGUCCUACAUAACUAUUUAGUAACGCUAUUUUUUUAAUUUAAAGUUUAAGAUAUUUUUCUAUAAGACAACU